AUACCCACUAGAUUGUGAUCAAUAUUCACUGUGUACAGCGUGUUUGAUGCCCACUAUAUUGUGUUUGAUGCCCACUAUAUUGUGUUUGAUGCCCACUAGAGCGUGUUUGAUGUCCACUAGAGCGUGUUUGAUGCCCAUUAGAGGAUGUCUGGUGCCCACUAAAGCGUGUAUAACACCCACAAGAGCGUGUUUAAUGUCAAGUACAGCGUUUUUUAUGCCCAUCAGAGUGUGUUUAAUGUCCACUAGAGAGUGUUUAAUCUCCCACGAAGCAUGUACUGGAUGUUGUUAUAUUUUUCCAUUUAUGGGAGACAUGAUAAUGCGUAGAGACAAGUGCUUGGCUUCGACAUUGAGGCAGACAGCAUGUUUACCGAAAAUCAACAGGGUCAAUACCAGGAAGCUGGGACUGAGGAAUGUUAUCAGUUAAACUGAGAUAACGCUAUCUUCUUUUGGGAGUGAUCAGGAGACCAGUGUGUGCACACAUAGAGACUUAAACACUAACUCAUCACCAUGGAUUAAUUGACAUUUUUCUCGAGAAUGGACUACAGACUAAUACUUAUUCUCAGCUUUUUUGGCCGAGUCAUCACAGAAGAUGCCACUGUUACCGGUGCAGGAUGUCAAAAUACUUUAGGAAAUGCUACAGUGUACAAACUGAAAGAAAAUUCUCCUACAGGAUUUGUUCUGUUCAACAUCACAAAUAUUACGAAUCUAACGUUCAUCGAGGGGAAUAGUGAUGCUCACUUUGGUAUACAUAGCAAUUCUAGCCAUUGGACGAUAACAUUAAAGACUGGUUUAGACUUUGAAACUCGUAAAACGUAUACUAUCAAAGUUGAAUGCACAGACACCGAUGGUGUCAAUCGUGUUACAUACACUGUAGUCGUAGCUGUUGAGAAUGUGUUUGAAGGUAACAUAACCUUAAAACCAUCAAAAACCAGCUUCAACUUUACGAGGAAUGGUUCACAUGUUGUCAUUGAUGUACCAGAGCAUACUCCCGUACACACUAACAUUCUGGAAAUUGACGCACAAAGUGCAGAUGCUGAACGCAUUUCUAUUAAUUGGACAUUGAAUGAUAAUGGUACACUACAAGUAAUAAGUAAAAGUUAUAAGACAAUUUUACUUACAUUGGAGAGAAAACUGAUCUAUGGUACCAAGAAUACACUGAAUUCUAGUGUCCAAGCAAAGGUGGUAGGCCACCAAGAUGCACAUCAGACAAUGCAGAUCACCAUCAAAGUGACAGAUGUGGACGACAAAAACCCGAAGUUUGAUCGGAAACUCUACAAGGCUCAUGUUCAAGAAAAUGCUACAGCGAACACCGCCAUUCAGUUUGAUAACGGAGUGGAGGGAAUCCAUGCUAAAGAUCAAGAUUUCGGAAUCAAUGAUACAAUAAAGUACUCUCUUGUGAAUAUAACAGAUGUUGCAGAUAAUGCUUUCGAUAUUGAUCCAAGAAAUGGUACAAUUACUGUAUCAAAAACAAGCAGAUUAGACAGAGAGACUGUAGAUGUAUAUACACUGAUUAUAAAGGCUUACCAGGAAAAUAAUCCAAAAUUUCGUCAGGAUGUUGCUGUUGUUCGGAUUAACAUCACCGAUGUGAAUGACAAUCCUCCCGUUAUGUCCCGGGCUCAUUACUAUGCCAAAAUUCCAGAGAACAUGAGAGAUACACAGACUGUCAUACAACUAGAAGCGACGGACGCUGACGAGGGAAAUAAUGCUAAAUUCAUAUUUGUGUUGGAGAAUUGUUCUGAUGCCUUUAGAAUUGAUACUCAGAAUGGGACAGUUCAUGUAAAAAACAGUAACCUGCUAGAUGUGGAAACGAAUGAUACAUUUUCUUGCAAGGUUUAUGCGAAGGAAAAUGAAACAAAAGAGCUCAGGAGUAAUACAUCAGAUUUGACUAUAAUGCUGUCUGAUGUCAAUGACAACAGUCCAAAGUUCGUCAGGAACUACACUUUUAAUGUCACAACGAAUCCAUCGAAAGCUACAGUAAUUGGACAGGUGCAAGCAACUGAUGAUGAUAUCUGCAAAUUAACCAAUGGAAAGGUGACCUAUAGAAUAAGUGGCCAGGAAGAAAGUCUGUUUCGCAUCAAUGACACAACAGGAAAAUUAUAUCCGUUAAAUGACGGACUUUAUAGUUGUAACAGAUCCAAACUACCCAAAACUGUCGUACUGGAUGUGACCGCCUCUGACAAUCCGUCAGACACAACGGAAAAACGGAGUACUACAGUGAGAGUUAUAGUCAGUUUAGAGACAAAUUUGUGUCCACCAAAACUCUCCUUCCAAGGACAUAAUUAUACAAACGAAACGGUUACGUAUCCACCAGAAAUCAAGGAAGACCUAGCUGUAGGGUCCAUCAUUCUUAUCUUUAAGGUUCUGGAUGUGGAUCCUAUUGACCCUUCACUAUAUUUGAUUGACGGCAAUGGAAUUUUUGAACUAAACUCGACCAGUGAACAGGGAGUUAUUAUACUGAAGAAAAGGCUUGACAGAGAACUUCAGGACAAACACAGCUUUACAGUGCGUGCUGAUGAUACGGAACAUGUGUCAUAUCUGACUUUCAAUGUAGAUGUUGGUGAUGUAAAUGACAAUGCUCCAGUCUUCAACCAGAGUAUUUAUAAUGUGGUGAUGAAAGAGGAGUCAAUAAAAGGAAGACCGAUGAAAGUGAAGGCAACAGACAGAGAUUUGAAGAAUAAUUCGAAGAUUAUAUAUAAGCUAAUGCUAUCCAAGUGGAGCAAUCAUUUUGAAAUUACACCUACAGAAGGAAUAGUAAAUCUCACACAAAAGAUUGACCGUGAAAAAAUGCCUCGAGGAAAUAAUACCCUGGAUCUUAUCGUGAUAGCAGAAGAUGGAGGCACACCACCACUGAAUGGAACCGCGGUGAUAACAGUCACCGUUAACGACAUCAAUGAUCAUGAGCCACAGUUUGAUGGAGAUUAUUCGACUUUUAUCAUAACAUUCAAUGAAAACGAGACACCUAUGAACUUUUACACGGCAAAGGCAACAGACGAGGAUGCUAAAGAUGUUGUACUCUAUAGACUAGUGAAUGGGACAGGAGUGUCGUUCAGUAUUAAUACCAAUACAGGACAGAUGUCAGCAACGAGAAAUUUAACGCGGAAUGAUACUGGCAUUUAUGUGAUAGAGGCUUACAAUAACAGACGUUACUCAAAAAUAAGUAUGCGAAAUACCACACAAAACAUCAGAAUCAACAUAACUGAUGUCAAUGAUCACUGUCCAGAGUUCGAACCCGAAAGUUAUGAUAAGACUUUUCGAGAAGAUUGCCGUGUUGGUUCAGAGUUGGGGAGUGUGACUGCUACGGAUGCUGAUUGGUCAGCUGAGUUUGGAUCGGUGUACUACUGGAUCACAGAUGGAAAUUCAGAGAGCAAUUUCUUCAUCAACCAACUCACCGGUACCUUGUAUUUGGCUAGUCCUUUUGAUUAUGAAACAACACAAGGUUACAAUCUCACGAUAACUGCAUCAGAUUCAAGAGAGCUAAAUCAACCCGGAGUUAAUGCAUCGUUUGUCCUCCAUGUUACAGAUGUCAACGAUAACAAACCAGAAUUUUCACAUGACCAUUACCAAUGUAAUCUCGAAGAAAACAGACAUGGACAAUUUAACUGUUUUGUAAAGGCUGAGGAUGGAGACGGGACAAAUCAGUUCAAUAAAAUUGUUUAUCAGCUACAGGAACCCUCAUACAAUUUUACAAUCAACAGUACCGGAGAAAUAACAGUUGAUCGACCGAUUGAUUUCGACGUUGGAAAUCACAGCUUUAAUCUGACUGUGAAGGCCAUGGACAAAGAGAAUUCUAGUUUCAAUAGCAUAUGUAACGUGACAGUCUUAAUCUCUAAUAUCAACGAUGAAAGCCCCGUAUUCCAGAACAAGAACUAUAAAUUUAACGUGGCGGAGAAUCAACCACAAGGAACUGUGGUAGGGAUGGUGAAAGCUGAGGACAAAGAUUCGAACCAGCUGCAAUACGAGAUCGAGGGGACCAAGGAUUUCAAAGUGGAUAAAACUUCUGGACUCAUCACAACAUACAGUGAAUUUGAUUACGAGAACACUACAAUAUAUCAGUUUGAGGUUACGGUCAGUGAUGGAAUAAACAACGACACAGCCGAUAUAACAGUGGACAUCAGAAACAUGAAUGACAACGCCCCAGUCUUCAGUGCAAAGAGGUACAAGGUCGACAUUCCAGAAAACAUAACUAAUCAACCAAUCGAAAGAAAUAUCAGUGCCAGUGAUUUGGACCAGGGCCAGAAUGUGACCUACUCCCUGAAAGAAGACUUCCAAGAAUUAUUUUCCAUAAACCCUACCACAGGAAUCCUGUCUGUUAAGAACAGCAAGAAACAGUUGGAUUAUGAGAAAAAAAGCAUUUACGUUUUCGAGGUUGUUGCUACAGAUGAUGGCAACCCCGCUCUGCAAGGGACCGCUAUCGUGGAGGUCAACUUGACUGAUGUAGACGAUACAUGUCCACUCUUUAACAAGUCAAUUUAUACUGGGGUGAUCAUCAAAGAAAACCAAGCUUAUGAUAACAUCAUACAGGACUUGGCUACAGAUGUGGAUACUCCAUCGGAGAAUCUAGUGUACAAAGUUAUCAACAAUUCCAAGUUUGAAUUUAAUGGGAGUAAAUUGCGACUGCUACAGGGACUGGAUGUAGAUGGCGAUGGUCAACCAUCUCUUAUCAACUUGACUGUCUCUGUCACAGACAACUCGACAAAUCAUAACUGCAGUGCCACUUCCAUUGUCCAAAUCAAAGUGGAAAAUGUGAAUGAUAACUUUCCGAGGAUCGACACGCAAUCUUGUCCGGAGACAAUUUCACAGAACUUUAGUGGCGCUUUAUGCAGUGUUACUGCUUCAGAUGACGAUUUACACAGUUAUAAUUUUACAUUCUUUCUUACUCGAUCCUAUGGAAUUUUCACCAUUGAUGACUCUACAGGCAAUAUAAGUGUGCCAGAGUCUCACACACUCAAAGCAAAUGUCACAUAUAAUGUAAGUGUGGUGGUCAGUGAUCACGGUAGUCCACCAAAGAUGAAUCAUUCUGUCAUCGAGAUUUUUGUUAAUGCAUCAAACCAUUUCUGUCCCGAGUUUCUCAAUGCUAGCGUCACGGUUGAUAUAUUAGAUACAUCAUAUCCCAAAUCUGUGUGGAACAUGACAGCAACUGACCGUGAUAGUGGUCCAGAGGGGGAAAUUAUAUACACAAUUAUUAAAGAUGAUGGGGAUUUAUUUAAAAUCAAUCCUGUAACCGGGGAAAUUAUCCUGAAAAAGUCACUGAAUUGUAAUCACCCAAACACGAAAUAUAUACUCAGCGUGAAAGCCCAGGAUCAAGGCUUUAGCCGAAUGUCCACCACGGGGAAUGUAACGAUUAGAGUGACGAACAUCAAUGAAAAGCCGAAGAUUAAGAAUAUUAAUUAUGAGCUUUGUGUUAAUCUCCCACUAAUGGCUAACACAACUAUUGCACGAGUGAUAGCAGAAGACCCCUACUCCGUGUGCAUGGGGAACAAGUUUUUAGUUAAUUACACCUUGACAGAUUCUAAGGGUUUGUUUCAUAUGGACAAUGGGGUUAUAUCAACAGUCGAAAGCAUAACCAAUGGAACGCUGAACUACACACUGGAGGUCACAGUUACUAACGGUCAAGGACUUACUGAUACCAAACCAUUUCCAAUCUCAUCUGGCAAGAAAGGAGAGCCAGUAUUUAAAUCUUCAGUGAUUGAAAAGUCGAUCGAUGAGAAUACCAAGUCCAGCACUUCGAUACUGACCAUGGAAGCAACCGGUAAUCCCAAUAUUAGCUACAGCAUCAAAAGUGUAUCCAGUCAACAUGACGCUUUCAAAAUCAAUAACACUACUGGUGUAAUCACUUUGGUAAAGGAAUUGGACAGAGAACAGGAAAAUAGCAUAUCUAUUGUUGUAAUUGCUUCAAAUCAGAUAGGAACCUGCAAUUCUCAGGUUGUUAUUCAAAUUAUGGAUGUAAAUGAUGAACCUCCUCACUUUAUCAAUCUUCCAUACCACACCAAAAUAGAAGAGAACAAGACUCCCGAUUGUCUUUUUAAUGUAUCGGCAAUGGAUCCAGACGAGAAAGGGGAGUUGCACUUGGAAAUUGUUGACUCUGGUAAUUGGAACGAAACCUUCAGCCUGACCAAUAUAACUGAAGAGAGCACAGAUCAAAUAAUUACGGCGUGUAUUCGAGUCCAUAAACCAUUAGACGCAGAGAUGAAUACUAGUGUUAUAUUACAGGUCAGAGUAACAGAUGGGGUUCACGAAAACUCAACUGAUGUAAAUGUAACGAUCAUUGAUGUCAAUGAUAAUUUUCCUCAAUUUACGCAGCCUUUGUACAAUUUCAGUGUUUAUGAGGAUGCUUCAGUUGGAAAACCAAUUGACACCAUUUCAGCUACAGAUGCAGAUCAAAUGGACAGGGGGAAACUAAAAUAUAGUAUUUAUCGGAGUGAACACUUUGAUAUCAAUGAUCAGACAGGCGUCCUGUCGGUAAAACAGAAGCUAAACAGGGAAGAAAAGUCCUCCUAUGAAUUUAAUGUGUCUGUUGAAGACAGUUCCCCAGACCAUAAAGAACAUGUCUCAGUGAAUGUGAUAGUGCUCGAUGUGAAUGAUAAUACACCUCAUUUUAAUUGCUCAAAUAUGACUGACACUCUUCAAGAGGGAUCAAAGAGUGAAGAACUGAACAUUAGUGUGGCCGUUAGCGACCCAGAUCUUGGAGAGAAUGGCACUGUGACGCUCACAUUGGCUAAUUAUGGAGAAUUGUUUGAGAUCAAGAACACCUCCAGACACAUGGGUACAAUAUAUGUGAAAACAGAACUUGAUCAUGAAGCGAAAGGGGUACCAAUUACAGAAGAUGGACUAGCUGUGUAUUCACUUUAUGUGGUGGCGACUGACCAUGGAACCCCACCACUGUCAUCAACAGGAACAGUCCACGUCUUUGUGGAGGACAUCAAUGACUGCACCCCACAGUUUGAGGUGAUGGACAUGCGGGCAACAGUGAUGGAGGGUAGCAACAAGGGGUUUUCCAUAUAUCGAGUGACGGCCACAGACUGCGACUAUGAUCCAGAGAACAAGAACCUGACAUACGAGAUAUCGGGAGUAGAUGGAGAAUACUUUUACAUUGAAAAAGAAGUGCAUGGGAUGAAUCAAGAUGGAAUUGUAAAACUUAAGGAGCAGAUAAGCAUUGAUGUCAAGAAGGUUUAUGAAGUCAAUGUGACCGUAACGGAUGGAAAGAACACUAAUCAGACAUCAUUACAAAUUACUGUAGAAGAUGUAAAUGACCAUGAUCCAAAUUUCGCUCAUCCUAUAUACCUCUUCAACACCACAGAAAAUGAUGGGCCUGAUGUCAAUGUGAAAGUAGGUCAAGUCAUCGCAACAGACAAGGACCUGUACAAAAAUGGGAACAUAUCAUACUCCAUAGUCACAUCUGACGUGCAAGAUUUGUUUAAUGUAACACAGGAUGGGUGGAUCCAUUUGAUUGGAGAGGUGGACAGAGAAAACUGUUCCAGUCACAGGUACUCCUUCACUGUUAUAGCCGUGGAUGCCGGGUCAGCUAAACGUACGGGUUUUACCGAGGUUGUGGUAGACAUUACUGACUUGAAUGACAACUCUCCAGUAUUCCAGCCAGUGAAUGCGACCUACACGGGAAAUGUAAAGGAGAAUUCGAAUUCAACCAGCGUAUUGAUUAAUCCACCAAUUUCUGCCGAAGAUUAUGAUGAUUCAAUAUAUGGAACCGCGGGAAUUCGUUACUUCAUUGUUAGUUCUGAUGCCUCGGAACUGCCGUUUGAAAUUGACAGUAAAACGGGGGAAAUCCUUGUGAACGACUCUGCGAAUCUUGACAGAGAAACCAAAUCUAAUUACACAAUAAAGGUGGAGGCGCGGGACAAUCUAGGUGAUGCACCCUAUCGCAAUACCUCCACGGUGGUGAUAAUCAGAGUGCUGGAUGAGAACGACAACCUCCCUCACUUCACUCCCUCCAAUUACAAUUUCUCUGUAUCUGAGUGCGCUCGUAUUGGUGAUCCGGUGGGCAGUGUAACGGCACAGGACAGGGACUUGAAUUUUGAUCCGUUUUAUUACAUUGUGUCAGGAGCGGAUGGACACUUCUCAAUCAAUGACAAAACAUCUGGAAAUAUUUCCAUCACCAAAGAUUUGGACUGUGAAAGGAAAAGCAAUUACAGCUUGAUUGUAGAAGUUAGAGAUGGAAUUAACACCGCUGAAGCCAAUGUCAUAAUUUACCUGGAGGACGUUAACGAAGCCCCAACGUUCAAGAACCCUGUGCUUAGGAUCAGCGUGGUAGAAGAAAGGAGUCGCUCUGACCCAAUUCUGAUUCUCAGUGCAACAGACAAUGACGAAGGAAACAAUGCACAGCUAGAAUACAUCUUUAAUAAUUCAUCACGAGAUUCAAGUAUAUACACACCGUUUAAUCUGUCCAAGGAUGGUAAUUUGUAUCUGAAGCAAAAGUUAGACAGAGAAAUAGAGGACAGCUAUUCUCUGUCUGUGUUGGCGGUAGACAAAGGGUCACCCCGGUUGACCGCGACCGCCACGGUCAUUGUGACUGUGAAAGACAUCAAUGACCACUCACCGGUCUUUUAUGAUCAUGACAACAAAACCAUCCAGGAAUACUCGGCUAGUGUGUUGGAAAUGUCUCCAGUGAACUCCAUAAUAUAUCUCCCUUCCUGCCGGGAUCAAGAUGUCGGGGAAAACGGAACUGCUGGCAUACACUACAGUCUAGAAAGUCAAAUUUCUGGCGUAAACGGCGAUUUGUUAACUAUAGAUCCUUCCUCCGGCUUUGUUUCUAUAAAAAGCCCAAUAUCGUUUAAUAUCCUUGUGCAUGAGACGAAUGGAACCAAUCAAAGCUUAGUCCUUCCCUACGUCAUAACCGCUACAGAUGGAGGGACUCCGCCCAGAACUGCUAAUCUUUCACUGUACUUAACUGUUGAAAAUAUCAAUGACAAAGCUCCCGUGUUCCUUCAGUCUCGUUAUGACUUCGUUAUCCCAGAAAAUGCUACUGACAAUACUGUUGUGGACAAGAUAAGAGCUGAGGUUGUCAACGAGACAUUCUAUACCCUGACUUACUCCAUGAUAAAGCAAACAGAAGCAGCCUCCAACUUCUCAGUUCACGCUGAUGGAAACAUUUAUACAAUAGGAGUUUUGGACCGGGAGACUAAAAGUCAUGUGACAUUUGCUGCCCAAGUGGUUGAUGGCAGAGUGCCAGAGAGGACCGCUUUCACAGUGGUAUCUAUAACUCUACAAGAUAUCAAUGACAACUCUCCAAUCUUUGAUGAACCGGAGUAUCAGUACUCGGUAACGGAAAACGAUGAAUCUCCAUCGCCGCUGUUGGUGUCUGCCAGCGACAAGGACGCUGCUGACAAUGCUCGAAUUGAUUAUUCAUUGACGGAAAAUUCAGAUGGGAAAUUUAUCCUCAAUGAAACCACAGGAGAACUGAGCGUGAACGGAUCAUUGGACAGGGAGAUAACUCCGUACUAUCAUCUGCAGAUAACGGCUAUGGACAACGGCUAUCCCCAACUUUCAUCUACGGUCAACGUUACCGUGAGAGUUGGCGAUCUCAACGACAACGCUCCAAAGUUUAAUGACACUCAACGAACAGCCGAGAUAUCGGAGAACCUUCUGGGCAGACAGAAUAUUGUCACGGUGACAGCUGAAGAUCCGGACGUCGGAUUGAAUGGCACUGUUGUGUAUGAACUUGAGCAAGAUUAUGGUCUGUUCCGUAUAGAGUCCCUUAACGGCACAGUGUUUUGUGUAAGAUCAUUGGACUACGAGGAGCAGACUGAGUACAAUCUGACCGUGACAGCUACAGACCAGGGUACUCCACCUCAAUUAUCUGUCAUCAGUCUAACAGUGCGGGUCAUCGAUGUAGCAGACAACGUGCCCAAGUUCAGCCAGGUCUUAUAUGAGGUCACCGCCAGGAUCGCUGAUGGAGUGGGGAUAUCUGUGCUGAAUCUCACUGCAGGCGACAAUGUCACUUACACCAUCACAGACGACAAUCAGGAGAACAGGUUUGCUGUAAAUGAGAAGACUGGUGAGAUUCGAGUUACUCGUAGUCUGGCCCACAGUCGCGCAGAGUAUCUGUUUUCUGUGGAGGCCAGAGACACUGGCUCCAACUUCACCGCCAUAACUAAGGUCCUUGUUCAUGUUACGGACUUGAACACAGUGAGUCCUUUAAUUCCACAUUACACAGCAGCAUUAUCGGAAAACAAAGAUGGUACAACCAUAGUGUUCAAUCUGACAUCCCACGACAAGUAUGGAGCAGGACUGGAAUACUGUAUCGACCAAACAGAGCCAUCCUGGACCAUGGGAUAUUUCUAUAUUAGUGGUGGGGCGGUGCUUUGUAAUCAAUCGUUGGACAGAGAAAAUACUAGUAGCAUCACCCUACACAUAGGGUCCAGGGAAAUACAGUCUCGGCUCGGGCGGAAGAAAAGGAGCCCUGAUACAGGGAAGAUAACUUUGGUAGUCAAUGUAACAGAUGUAAAUGACAACUCGCCUUCCUUCACGAGGGUUUCCUCGCAGCCGCUGGUGUUUGGGGUCCCCAUAGGUGCACGACCUGGUGAUGUUGUGGGAGUUUUAAAGGCUUACGAUCCAGACUCUGUCAGUGUAGGAAAAUUGAGGUACAACAUCACAGGCGGAGACCUGAGCAAAUUCUACGUGUACCCCAGCAGUGGACAGGUCGUGGUGCGGCAGGCGGUGUAUCAGGAUCACCGUGACAACUACACACUGACAGUGACUGUCACAGAUGAAGGUGGGAAGAACGACACCACUCAAGUCACGGUAUUGGUAGUGCCCAGUUCCAGUUCAAUGAUCCUGAUUGUUCCUAUCACAAAUGAGGAAAUGACUUCAAACAAGCAGAAUCUAGUACAGAAACUAAGCAAAUUACUUGGCUCUAAAUUUGAGUUUGAAAAAUCCACACCACAUACUGAUGACAAACGUAUUGACCCAUGCAGGACGGAUGUCUUGUUUCAUUGCAUCAAUCUAACAACAAAUUCUGUGCUUCCUAAGACAUUUGUGCAAGAAAUUAUUCAUACAAAAAAUCAACAGAUAACAAAUCUAUUCUGCCAUGCCUUCAAUGACUCAUCUCCAUGUCAACGUUGUGCUGAUGUUACUGUACAGAGGGUACCAGUUGAACACUCCUCCAAGAUUUCCACUGCAGAGAUUGCAUUGUUGGUGAUUGGUUCCCUCAUACUGGUAGGGGGAGCUGCUUCCAUGGCCAUCAUUUUGCGAUCUCCAAAACGAGAUCAAGAAGAUGAAAAGAAAUCUGAAAGCAAUAUUAGCAUGAUGGAGUUGGAGAGUAUGGCCUCAAACACUCUCAGCAAGACCACCGGCUCGGCAGCGGGGGUGAUCAACCCAAUGUUUGACCAACAAGAGUUGGCCCAGACGUCUCCUACAGUAGAGACCGAGACACUGGUCACAGACGUAGCAGAACCCACGACCCGGAAAAGAACAGCAUCGUACGAAUCCCAAGAGGUCAUUCUGGAUUUCCAAGAGAACGAUAACGACUAUGGAAACCAGCAAAUCAGCCACAGCAAUGCGGACAGUGGGGUGGACGAGUCCGAUUCUAGUCCUUCUGGAUCCAUACAGACCGAGAAUGAUAUCGAGGCUUCGGGGGCAUCACCAAUAGGUGGCAGCACUGGGGCCAAGAUUGAGUUCACUGGUGAUGUCUACCGGACAGAAUCAUCAGAGAAUGAGAGACAGGGUAUAUUUAUUGCCAUGGAAACAGGAGACACGACUGAUGACGAUAUAAGCUAUGACGGUUCAACGGUUUCUGGGGGGGAACGAAUGUCAAAUAGCAUGGCAAGUGACUUGGAGGAUGAAGAAUUGGGCGGCGAUAACACGGACAUGGCGGAGAGAUCGAGCAAGACGGACAGUCUAGAAGGUGUAGAGACAAACGACCUGAGUAAGCACUCACCAGGAACCAAGUCUGUGACAUUCAAACCCGGGCCUCCAGUCGUCGCGGAAUACGAAGCUGAGGAGGACAUGACGACUGCUCUGUAAACCAAACGCCGCCGGUCAGACACGAGGUCAAUAAUUACUGACAGUCAGACAUGAGUGCAAUAAUAAUGAACGAUGGAACGCGAGCAGGCCACUAAGUUACAUAUUGAGGGGGAUAUCUAUACAAUUCUUGCAGUGAAUUCACUUUUUAUAUAGAAUGUGAUGUUAUUGUAAAGAUGCUAUGUUUUUCACAUUAUAUAUACAAGUAUACUUUCAUGAACAAACUUCAAAAUGAUGAAUUAUAUAAUUUCUGGUGUACAUUCGUUGAAAUUACCAAGUACUUAUGCCAUGAUUAUAUAUCUGUUAAUUUGCAUUUCUUUUCUUUUCUUCAUUCAAUACUUGUAUGUGGUUAUUUUACUAAAAAUUUAAUUACGAUAUUUUCAAUCACUAGUAAGUAAGAUUUUUCUUACAGUUACAUAUGUAUUGUUUCAUGUACAAGACGUACUUACUUUCAAUUUUACUGUGGAUACAUUGCACAUAUGUAUUGUACAAAACAUUUACCUUUUAUUUACAGGAAAUGGAUAUAGCAAGUACUUCUUACACACAACAUACUUAUCCACAAUACAGAUUUCCUUCCAUUUUUAUUAGAUGAAAAGUGAUUGAUUUUCUAUUCCGAAAUUUUGAAGGUUGAAUUGUAUAGAAAACUGAUCCAUUUCGACUUUUCCAUUCAUUUUGUUUUUACUUAUCCAAGGAAUAAAUGUCUUCGUUGAUUGUAUUAUUGAAGUUUUAACUUGUUUUUAUUGAUAAAUCCACUAAUGUAGAUAUUUGUUGUUUUCAUGCUCCCAUAAUACAAAUAACCGAGGCAUUUAUGUUUGAAAUUUAAUUGGUUGUCAUAUCGAGAUUAAAGAUCAGUGUUUUCAACGAGAAAUAAAUGCAUUGAAACGGCA